GUUCCUAUUACCUUAGUUUUGUUAUAGAAAUCAAAUUGAACGGACACAUUUCCCAAACGGCCCGAAAGGUUUAAUUAAAAUUUAACAAGUAGUUGUAUUUCAAGAUUUAGAAAAUUUGCAUAAAACAUUAAGUGAAACAAUGAGUUCGGAUGAGAAUAAGAUGGAGGCCGCCUUCAAGAAUAUGGUGGAGGAGAGCCUCAAGACCCAGUUCGAGCAGAAUGGAAUUAUGGCUAAACUCAGAAGCGAAAUGCACGUGAAGGUCCUGCAAAUGAUGCGGGGGCAGCUGGGGAUGACCAAGACGGAACCUCUGAUGGGUGUCAGCACAUCAGAUUCCACCACUGAUCGCGCUCUGAUCAAGGUAAUCAAUCAGCUCAUCAUGGAAUUCUUCAAUUUUUUCGGCUACCGACACACCUUGGAAACUUUCCGCAUGGAAACAGGCGAACGUACAUUUUCACGAAGUGAGAUCGAAAAGCAUCUUUCCAUUAGCCCUGUUUCCCCGGAAAUACCCAUACUGGCCCAGCUGACGAUGCGCGUCUGGAAUCAGAGUCUGGACCAGGCGAUAUCCAAAAAGGUGGUGCAGCUUCCCAGUCCAGAGAGUCCCAAGCCCCAGCCCCAGCUCCAGCCCCAGCCCCAGCCCCAGAGAAUUCGCAAGUUAAAGGACGAACAGGAAAUUUUGCAAAGAUCUCCUGGCAAAGAAAUCAAACAAAAGAAACUAAUUCAAAACAAUCAGAAACUGAUUAUGAACGAUCCUCUCAGGAAGCGCAUCGUGGGGCUGAAACCAUCAAAGAAGCAACUUCCACUUUCCGUCAAUAAACCUGACCAGAAAGCAUGUACUGAAAGUUCAGAGUCGGAAUUGGAAUCGUAUUAUAGCGAGGAUUCCGAGGAUAGUGAUGCUUAUGCCGAUAUUCCCGACAGACACGUCUACAUCGAGGAGCUCCCACCAGAGGGAAAGUACGAUGCUGGCCAUGGCGAAGAAGGACCCUACGACGCGAAACAGAAUUUCGCCGAAAACCUCUUCCAGCGUUAUCAGCGGGAAAUCAGUCAGCGGAAUGAAGGACCCAGCACAUCCAGGAAGACAACUAAGCCAAAAGGAUGCAAAGGUAAGCGUCAAGCCAAAUCCACUGAAUCCGAGAACAGCUCGCAAAUGAGCGGCAGGGAAGCCUUGGAGUUGCAACUUAACACCUGUCGAAGUAAGGGUGCAACCUCCAAUCCAAAUUCCACUAGGAAAGCCAGAGGUACUCUUUGGGCAAAGAGCCAUCAGGACAUUGGAGAAGAAGCCCACCUGGCUGUCACGAAGCCCCAAUGUCCCGAGACCCAUAUUGGAAGCGUCGAUUUGAAUAGCGAUGAGAAUAGCGAGGAGGCGGAAGGGGAAGACGAUGAAGACGAGGAAGAGGUCAGCGAUUAAUUAAGAUGACCUUAGAGACUCCAUCUAAUUUAAAUAUAAAUUAAGAUCAUUGAAUGACAUUUAGUCUAGUGAAAAUUCUAGUCUUCGUUAUGAAUAAAGAUUUUCAUACUUUUUAUAUAAAAUAUAAAA